UUAGCUAUGAAGAUAGAUAAUUUAAGUAUAAGUGUUCGGUAAAGUAGUAAUUAACUAGUUGUUACAUAUACCUCUAACUUCAAAAGCUAAUGUUUUAAACUUUUGAUAAAAGCAAUUUCCACCACUAAAAAAAACAAAAAGAGACUGAGUCUUGACGAACAAAGUUGAAGAAAACAAACGCUACCAGUUUUAAUUUUCGAUCCUUUUUAAAAUCUCUCUCCUCUACUCUCAAUUGAUCACCCACGAACCCAAAUUAUAUUACAAAAAAAAAAAAUUGAUCCAAGUCAUUAGAGUUGAUAAUUUUUUCUCCCUUUUUUUUCGACCCCAUUUAAAAUUUUCUUUUUUUCUACAAUUUUCUGCAAUUACUAGAGAGAUCGGUGUUGUUGGUGAUAGUAGUGAGAGUUCUUGACAAAUGGGUCAAGCUUUUCGCAAGCUGUUUGAUACUUUCUUUGGUAACACCGAAAUGAGGGUUGUGAUGCUUGGUCUUGAUGCAGCUGGCAAAACAACCAUACUGUACAAACUGCAUAUUGGUGAAGUUCUAUCUACUGUUCCAACAAUAGGUUUCAAUGUUGAAAAAGUCCAGUACAAGAAUGUAAUGUUCACUGUGUGGGAUGUUGGAGGUCAAGAAAAGCUGAGACCGCUUUGGAGGCAUUACUUCAACAAUACAGAUGGGCUGAUCUAUGUAGUUGACUCCUUGGACCGAGAACGAAUUGGAAAAGCAAAGCUAGAGUUUCAGACUAUCAUCAAUGAUCCAUUCAUGCUUAACAGUGUUAUUCUGGUGUUUGCAAAUAAGCAAGAUAUGAGAGGAGCCAUGACACCGAUGGAAGUUUGUGAAGGGUUGGGUCUUUUUGAUCUAAAAAAUAGGAAAUGGCAUAUUCAGGGGACUUGUGCUUUGAAGGGAGAUGGUCUAUAUGAGGGUUUAGAUUGGUUAUCUAACACCCUCAAGGAGGUAAGAGCUGCAGGAUACUCAUCUCUGGGGGCGUCAUCCAUCUGAUUGACCAGCAGGUGGACUCAAGACGAUAUCUUUUGAAGGAAGUAGCCAGAGAGCUUACCAUUUACUUAUAGCAAGUGUAGGUAAUUCUCGGAUUUUGUGGUGAAAACUAAUGAUGCUUUGGGCAUUUGCUUUUGGCGUUGCCUUGCCUUCAAAUCUCCUGACAACUUCAGAUGUAUAUUGACAUGACAUGUUCACUGUAUGGCUGUACCUCGCUGGGGAUCUGUCAAGUACAUUCAUAGAAAGUGUGUUUUCAACUGAGGUUGAUAAGCAUCAAUUUCUCUAACUGAGUUUGUUUCAGGGCCAUCCCGAAAUGGAUGCAGAUCUGUUUGUAAAAAUUCUUCAUGGCAGUGUGAUUGUACCAUUCUAGAAUUGCAACAUAUUAGCCAUUAUAGUUGAGCAAAUUUUUUUAUUGUGUCAGAAUGCCACUCUUAUUCAGGUUUACUUCACGCU